AUGAGAUACGCAUUGUCUGCAGGAGCCCUGCUGCUGGGAACAGUAGCGGUAGCAACGCGAGACAUUGAUCGUCUCAAGCACCUGUAUAGCAAAGGCACAACCCCUGACACUGCUCGUAUCGGUGGUCGGGAUAUCGCUACCGUGUCGCAACCUCUGCCACAGGGUAGCACUAUCGAUCGCUCCAAAUGGCAGAUUACAUGCUCCUCCGGUGCCGAUCGCUGCAAGGACAUAGCCGACAACUCGACCGACACCAUCUGGACCAGCUCAGCUAGCGAUUCUCAGAACAUCACGAUUCAGCUGGGAGGAGAACAUGCCGUUAGCGGUCUGACCAUGGUCCCUAGACAGGACGACGCGGGCGAGUGGAUUGAAGAGCACCAGAUCUCCGUCAGUACCGAUGGUACAAACUGGGAGGAGGUUGCAUAUGGUACCUGGUGGCCUGACAAGGCCCAGAAGCUCUCAGCUUUCCAGCCUAAAAAGGCGAGCUGGGUCCGUCUGUCUGCCACGCAAGGCUCUGUCUCCAUUGCGGAUCUGGAGAUUUAUCAAACUGAUUUCAUCCCACCUAAUCCGUCCUUGGGUGCCUGGGGUCCAACCAUUGACCUUCCUCUGGUCCCCGUUUCUGCAGCAGUUGACCCCAUCUCCGGCGCAGUGGUGACUUGGUCUUCAUGGGGAUACGAUAUCUUUGUUAACAGCGCGGGUGGUGAAACACAGACAGCUACAUGGCACCCAACGAAUAAGUCUGUGACUCAGCGAGAUGUUGAGAAUGUUCAUCAUGACAUGUUCUGUCCUGGUAUCUCCAUCGACGCAGACGGAAAGUUCGUCGUCUCAGGCGGAACCGACCAACGUCGAACCAGUAUUUUCAACACCUCCACCGCUGCUGAUCGUUGGUACAUUGCAGCUGGUAUGAACAUCGACCGUGGCUACCAGGCAACCUCGACCCUAUCUGAUGGACGCAUCUUUACUAUUGGUGGAUCAUUCAGUGGCGGAGUUGGCGGCGACGGCGCGGAUUUGGGCCAACGAGAUGUCGCUGCCCGUGGCAAGGACGGCGAGCUUUACGACCCUAUCCAGAACAAAUGGAUUGAAAUUCCUAAUGCGAAGGCCGGGCCCAUGCUCACGAAUGACGUUCGCACUUACCGACAAGACAACCACGGCUGGAUCUUCGCUUGGACCAAUGCCACUGCCUUCCAGGCCGGCCCCAGCAAAGCUAUGAACUGGUACUACACAGGUGGCAGUGGUGAUGUCUCUCCUGCUGGAGAGCGCACUGGUGACAAUGACGCUAUGUGUGGAAAUGCAGUCAUGUUCGACAACGGCAAGAUUCUCGCCAUGGGUGGUUCUCCCGAUUACGAGGACCAGCUUGCCACCAACUAUGCUGCUGUCAUCUCCAUCGGCGAGCCUGGCCAGAAUGCCACCGUGCAGAAGACCUCGAACCAAAUGUACUACAAGCGUACUUUCCACUCUUCCGUGGUCUUGCCCGAUGGCUCUGUGUUUGUCAAUGGCGGACAAGAGAAGGGCCUUCCUUUCAACGAAGCAGGCAGCCAAUACGUUUCGGAGCGUUUCAUUCCUGGCUCCAACGGUGGAAAGUGGAUCAAGCAGCAGAAGAACAGCAUUGCCCGCGUUUACCACAGUCUCUCCCUGUUGCUUCGCGAUGGUACUGUCUUCAGCGCUGGUGGUGGUCUCUGCGGAGAUUGCGCUGCCAACCACUUCGAUGGGCAAAUCUACACUCCUCCUUACCUCUUGAACGCUGACGGAAGCGUAAAGACCGACCGUCCCGCCAUUGAGAACGUUUCCCCCAACGAGGGCAAGGCUGGUGAUACCUUCGAGGUUACUACUACCGGUGAUGUUGACCAGACUGCUUCUCUCAUUCGCUACGGCUCUGCUACCCACACUGUCAACACUGAUCAGCGCCGUGUCAGUGUUCAGUUGACCAAGACUGGAGACAACAAGUACACCUUCCAGCUCCCUGCUGAGGCUGGUAUUGCUCAGCCUGGUUACUACAUGCUUUUCGUCCUUAAGGACGGUGUCCCCAGUCACUCUGAGAACGUCCGCGUUGUGCCGGAAUAG